AUGAGUAAAUUUCAAGCGCCAACUGGUUAUCGUUUCAAGCCAACCGAUGAAGUGCUCAUUCGAUACUAUUUGGUUCCAAAGGUCGAAGGCAAACCUCUUCCAAGUGAACAUAUUUUUGAGACUGGGGAACUUUAUGGGAAAGAAUCACCGGACAUAGAGGUCACUUUUGGACAGGGUAAAGAAUGGUAUAAACAAUUUGCGUCUUAUGAUGAAAAUUUCGAUGACACGUUGUAUUUCUUUACUAAGUUGACCAAAAAGUGGGAGAACGGUAGCCGGAUAAGUAGAUCUGCCGGACGCGGAACGUGGACAGGGGAUAAAGGUGAACAAAUCUAUAAAGACCAAUCAUAUAAAGUAAGGAAGAGAUAUUUUUCGUAUACUGAUAAUGCUGCAAAAUCUAAGGGUAGAAAAAGGAAGAUGACAACACUAACGUCCGAUGGAAAUAGUGUGACUUGGAACAUGUACGAGUACUCAAUCCUACGAGGUGAACAAAUGUUAGAUCAUGCGAUUGUUAAGAUCAGAAGGAUAAGAAGCACGAACGGAGGAUCAACAUCGUCACCAUCAUCGACAUCGUCAAAGCAAUAUUAUGCUAAUACUGAUUAUCAUACCGGCGCGGGUGGGGCGGGUUUACAACACUUUCAGGGUUCAAGUAUUUCAUCGGGUAAUGUAGUACCAGCCUCGGAAGAUAAUUAUCUGCAGCAUAAACCAUUUACGUCUUCAACAAAACUACUAGAUGCUGCAGGCUUUCCAGAUUUUUCUUUUUCAUGGUUCCUCCAAGAUGCCGUGCCACAACCUCAGCAGAAAAUCUACUCAUAUGGUGAUUCUUUGUACAACAAGCAUCUGUGGUUACCUUCAGCUUACCGACAUAAGACAGUAGUACCACCAUAUGGUGAUUAUUUUUACAACAAGCCUCUGUCACCUUCAGUUUACCAAGAUAAGACAGUAGUACCACCACUAUUUACUGAUGACCAAAAAGAAGAAAACAACUUGGAUUUAUCCGCUGACUUACUCCAGGCAGCUGUUGCAGCUGAUGAUUCCAGAGCUAUUGGAGGGGAUAACGCUGCUUCGGAUGGUAAUCAAGAGUGUACUAAUGACACAUUAAUGAUCAAUUCAGAGGUUGAAGCUGUGCAGCCAGAAAAGGAGUCGGGGAUGAUUUCUUAUGAAGAACUUGACGAUGAUUUAGAAUAUAUAUUGGAGACCGGACUUUUUUAA